UUGUAAAAAAAAAAUGCAUUUACAGACAGCCGAGUAUGAUUUAUCGUCGCACGCGGACGUGUAUGAACCCAGCGAGGACAGUUUUUUGUUUCUGGACGCAUUAGAAGAGGAGUUUGGCAAUUUAGUUGAUCUCAAACCAUUGAAUAUCGUUGAAAUUGGCUCGGGGAGCGGAGUUAUUAUAACUUCUUUGGCCAAAGCUUUGAAGAACGCAAACUUUUUCGCUGUCGACAUCAACAUGAGUGCGUGCAAAGCAACGCAGAUGACGGGCGAGUUGAAUGCGACUGCGAUCCAACCGCUCUGCAUGGAUUUGUUGGGGCAAUUCAAAGAAAACAUGUUCGAUGUGAUUGUAUUCAAUCCGCCGUACGUUGUAACGGAUUCUGAAGAACUUUGCGGAAAUGGCAUUAACAGAGCGUGGGCUGGAGGUAAAGACGGUAGAGAAAUAAUUGAUAAACUGUUACCAAAAAUUCCAAAUAUUUUAAGUUGCAAAGGAAUCUUCUAUUUGCUUCUAUUAAAAGAAAACAAACCCAAAGAGGUUAUAGAUUUUAUGUUCACCUUAGGAUUUGCCCACAAGAUUAUUAAAGAGCGUAAAUUGCUUGGAGAAUAUUUAUACAUUGUUAAGUUUAAUAAAUAAAUAUCUUCGUUUUGAA